AUGAGGUAUUCGGUGGUAGAUUCCGGCUGGGUUUGGAUUUUUUUUCCGGCGAGUCUAUGAGGUAUUUUGGAUUUUCUUUUUGUCUUCUUCUUGAUGCCUGUGAAGAUUAUUUUGGUUGGUUCUUACCUCCUUGUGCCUUUUCAGCUUCUUGGAUCUUCUAUGGAGAUGUCCUUGUUCGGCUUUAUGGAUUGGUUUUAAGAAAUCUCAGGUGCUAUGUGACACAGUCCAAUUGGCUAAUUUUAGUUGUGACCACCAAGCGUAGAGCCAUUAAUGAUUACCACUGGUUCGAUAGAUACAAUGUUAUACAUUGUUCAGGAUCGCCCUCUGGUCUUCGAGCAACUCAGUAUGUAUCGCUGUCAUCCACAAAGUUUGAUAGUGACCUCCUGGAUUUCAAGAAUUUAGCAAUUAGUCCUGAGCUCGAUGCAUGCUCUUCACAUCUACAGAGAAUAGGGAAGAGGAAACCUUAUGAUCUACUUUAUGGAAAAGACACAGAAGAAAAGGACAAGAAAUGCCAUCUGGUCCAAUGCAGAGGCAGUGGGGAGAAAGUCUUAAAAUGGAUACAAAACGCAACUAGAUUAGUUCUCACGUAUCCUGAUAAUAAUGCUCUCUGUUGCAGCUUUCUUGUCAAAGUCCUAUGCUGGCCUUCUUCUCCCCCACCUAAACCUUUCUGUAGAAACUUUGGAAUCUUUUCUCUAGCAGGCAAUGCGACUGUCUCUAGCGACAUGAAUCCGUGAACCACAGGAUUUAGUACUAUCUUGAAUUGUGUCCGAGAAGAAGAUUGUAUAGGACUGUAAGUGGUUAUACCGUACGUAUAUGAGAGAAUAAAGAAGAGAAAAGCAUAGAAAAAUGGAAUUUGAAGGGUGAAAGCGACAUGGGUUGUUUUGGUAUGCGAAUAAGAAAGAGGCACGUGGUGAAUGGACAUUGAAGAGAGAGAGGGAAGCUCGACUUAAUAUAAAUAUAGAAAUAA